AUGGCCCCGAAAGAGGACAUGCUGCCCCCGGGCUGGGAUGAUCUAGACAGGCAAAUGGGCCAGCUCUUUAUGAUGGGCUUCGAUGGUACUUCCGUUAGCCCUCAGAUUCGCUCGCUCAUCGAAGACUACCACUUGGGAUCUGUCCUUCUGUCCGCUAAGAAUUUGAAAUCUGCCGAGGAGGCCACCCGACUGGUCCUGGAAUUGCAGACCAUCGCUCGAGAUGCCGGUCAUCUCGUGCCCCUACUUAUCGUGCUCGACCAAGAGAAUGGCGGCGUGAAUAGCUUGUACGAUGAGAUAUACAUUCGCCAAUUUCCCAGCGCCAUGGGAAUCGCCGCAACGGGGUCGAAAUCAUUGGCGCAUGAGGUUGCAAAGGCUACCGCGCAAGAAUUAAAGGCUGUCGGUGUCAAUUGGAUCCUCGGUCCCGUUCUAGAUGUCUUGACCAAUGUACGGAAUCAGCCGUUGGGCGUGCGCACCUCUGGCGAUGACCCGCAGGAAGUGUCGCAAUACGGGGUACAGUUCAUGAAGGGCUAUCAGGAAGCUGGGGUCGCGACAUGCGGCAAACAUUUCCCUUCAUACGGAAACCUCGAGUUCCUCGGUUCGCACACGGACGUGCCCAUCAUCACCGAAUCUCUGGAACAACUCAGUCUCACCGCGCUCGUUCCUUUCCGAAAUGCCAUCAUGCAGGGCCUGGAUGCCAUGAUGGUCGGUGGCGUAUCCAUGUCAUCAGCCGGUAUGAAUGUCAUGCAUGCCUGUCUCAGUGACCAGGUGGUGGACGAACUUCUCCGGAAGGACUUGAAAUUCCAAGGUGUCGUGGUAUCAGAGUGUUUGGAGAUGGAGGCCCUCACCCAUAAUAUUGGUGUUGGUGGUGGAACGGUCAUGGCGAAGAAUGCCGGUUGCGAUGUUAUCUUGCUGUGUCGGUCAUUCCCCGUGCAACAGGAGGCAAUCAAUGGACUGAAGUUGGGCGUGGAAAACGGCAUCAUUGGACGACCUCGAAUCGAGCAAUCGCUUCGUCGCAUUCUGAACUUGAAGUCUCGGUGCACGUCUUGGGAACAGGCGUUGAACCCGCCGGGUCUUCAUUCUCUCACACAAAUGCAGCCAUCACAUACUAACCUCUCCACACGCGCCUAUAAUAGCUCCAUUACUGUGAUGCGCGAUAAGAACAAUCUCCUGCCUCUCUCCAACAUCAUCGAUGCAAGUGAGGAACUCUUGCUCUUGACCCCCUUGGUCAAACCCCUGGCUGCAUCAGCAGUGUCCUUAUCCGCAAAGGACACCAAUCACGGCCCUACUAUGGAUCAGACAGCGAUCGAACGAUCAGCUUCCGUCAUGAGUGGUGAAACUGUUUUUAAAGAACUCGGGAGGUCCCUCUCGAGGCAAAGGAGCGGACGUGUCCUUCAUACAUCGUAUACACACAACGGCGUGAGGCCCAUCCACGAAGACCUUAUUGAGCGAGCCAGCGCGGUCAUCGUGGUCACCGCUGAUGCAAAUCGAAACUUAUAUCAGCAGGCCUUUGCCAAGCAUGUCUCCUUGAUAUGCCAGAACCAGUUUUCCGCCACAGGGGAGCGUUGUGAGAAACCCUUGAUCGUGGUUGCGGUCAGCUCUCCAUAUGACUUUGCCAUGGAUUCCACGAUCGGUACCUACGUGUGCACCUACGACUUCACAGAGACCGCGCUCCAGGCUCUGGUCAAGGUUCUUUAUGGCGACUUGACACCCACGGGAAGCCUACCCGGUUCAAUCAGCCGCAGCCAGAAGAUCCAUCAAUCUCGGCAGCAUUGGCUUGUGGAGAAUUGGAACGAGGAGCGAGAUGCUAACGGUCUAGAUGCGCUGCUCGAUGCCGUCCGUGAGGACUGUGCACAAGGGCAACGCUCUGAGCUCCUUGGUGCUACCUCCAGCAGCUUCCUCCUGCGCAAAGAAGAUAUCGAAGAGGCGCACUUUGUGGUCCGCAAUAGCAGUACACAAGCACUGUACGGCUUUUGUGCAACCUACUUCUUUCGAUCCACCGGCACAGGUGUUAUUGGAUGUUUGAUCGUUGACCCGUCACGCCGCAAGCUAUCCAUCGGCCACUCGCUGCACAGCCGCGCCAUUCGCAACCUACUCCAGCGCAAAGGGAUGAAACGCUUCCAGCUCGGCUCUAGACUACCCGGUAUUUACCUAGGAAUCCCGACUGCCAGCUCCGUCGAGCGCAAGCGACUACGACAAUGGUUUGCCAACCUGGGCUGGAAUACGUCGCUUUCACGCCCCGUCUGCAGUGUAAUCCUGCGCAAUCUGGCUACCUGGACGCCACCCGAUGGCCUCACCGUGACGCUGCAGAAUGCCGAUGUGGUCUACGACCUCGUCUACGGGUGGGACUAUGCCCGUGCGAUUCUUGAUCACAUCAAGACCAAUGCCCGUCAAGGUGUCGCUGACAUUUAUCGGAUUGCUUUGGGUGGCGCCCCCAAUUGCGGAAUCAUCCGCGCCAAGCGCUCGGCCGAUGAUAUGAUUCUCGGCAGUAUCGUCGUUUAUAAUGAGCGAUCGGCGCUGGCGGAGCAUAUGCCUGCUCUGCGCGCUACUCAGACUACUGUCGGUGGUAUCUCCUCGCCAGUUAUCUCGCCGGUUGCGGAUGAUUACUCCACCGUCAUGCAGGGGUUGAUUCUGCUGGCUAUCAAGCAGAUUCGCAAGUUGAAUGCCAAUGCGGUGGUGAUGGACUGUGUUGACGGUGAUGGCAAUUUUGACUGUCUCUCCUCGAUGGGAUUCAGCAUGCUACACAACUUUGAGGAGGUCAACUGCGAUGCAGCGACAUGGACGAUGAUGCAUCCGCCAUGA